CGUAUAGAAACCGAAUCGCCACCUCGGCGCAUCCACGCAACCCACCCGUCGCGAGUCGCGAGCAGAUCAAAAACCCCAUCGCCGCGGCGAUCACCGGAGGGACCAGGCCGGGCGGCCAUCCGUACUCCGCCGCGAUGAUGAACGACGGCGAUGUGGCGCGGCAGCUGAAGCAGAUGACGGACUUCAUCCGCCAGGAGGCCGUCGAGAAGGCCGCCGAGAUCGAGGCCGCCGCCGCCGAGGAAUUUCAAAUCGAGAAACUACAGCUGGUGGAAGCUGAAAAGAAGAGGAUCAGGUUGGAAUUUGAACGGAACGAGAAGCAAGGUGAUAUCAAGAAGAAAAUUGAAUACUCAAAGCAGCUCAAUGCUUCCCGACUUGAAGUUCUGCAAGCUCAAGAUGAUUUAGCGAUGUCUAUGUUGGAGGCAGCAGGGAAAGAGCUACUGUACAUAACCCGAGAUCACCAUGUAUACAAGAAUCUUCUUAGGAUAUUUAUUGUUCAGAGCUUGCUGCGUUUGAAGGAGCCAGCUGUGAUUCUGCGCUGCAGGAAGGAGGAUCGUGAGCUUGUUGAAUCAGUUUUGGAGUCUGCAAAGAAUGAAUAUGCAGACAAAGCAAAUAUAUAUCCUCCUGAAAUAAUGGUAGACCGUAAUGUCUAUCUGCCUCCUGCUCCCAGUCAUUAUGAGGCACAUGGACCCUCCUGCUCUGGUGGAGUUGUGCUAGCUUCCCGAGAUGGAAAGAUAGUCUGUGAAAAUACAUUGGAUGCUAGACUAGAGGUGGUUUUCAGAAAGAAGCUACCAGAGAUUCGUCGAAGCCUUCUUGGGCAGGUAGCUGCUUGACCGAUUCAUAAAUACAGGAUGCUGCACAAUACCGUUUUCUUCUGCAUGAUGGUGUCAAAGAAAGCAUUUUGGCAGUUAAAAUGAUUUAUCACUUUGCUCAAGUCUGUUACAUAUAUAUUUUUUAUAGGGAGCCACUGUCAUCAAACUACAGACCUUAGUAUUGCCGAUAGCGAAUAAAUUGAUAUGUUCAUGUUGCUCACGAUUUCUCAUAAUAAGGCCUAAGAGGUGUAGUUAUCCCAUUUAUAUGUUCAUCUUUUCUCACAGAAGACAAUCCAUUGUCAUUUAUUCAUCUGUUAUUUGUUUUUGUUUUCAUGGAAAUAAUAUACCAAGGCCUCUCUUAGAAUGAAUAAAUAGAAGAUUGGAAGU